GUUGUUGUUAUUGCUACUCUCAUUGCGUCCGCCCGCUUAUUGUGUACAUGUGUGAGCAUAUGUGUGCGAGUGUGUACGCACAUACGUGUAGAGAAAGUGCAGUUGUGUUGGUGAAUUUUGUGGUACAUUUCGCGCUCACAUCGUUUACAGAUUUUUGUGGUGGCAAAUAGUUGUUGCAUAGCCUUCAUACAACGCACAACAACAGCAACAAUUACUAACACUGACAACGGCGACAAGUGGCAGCAACAUCAGCAUCAGCAUCAGACGAGUAAAUAACAAUAACAACGACUACUUGUAGUACGUUUUGUGUGUGUUGUUAAUUGAAAUCAAUUGAAAUAAAUUCUCCAACGUUGCUGCUCAUAUUGUUAAUAAAGCAAAGCAGCAGCAAAUAAUAACAAAAAAAUAUUUAAUAAAAUAUUUCAGUUGGCUGCGAAACCUCAAACCUGUAUAUAAAUAAAUAUUUAAGAAAAUCGCAGCACAUUGUUUUCGAGGAAAUUCAAAUUGAAAUUAAAACAAGUGCAAGUGUUUUGUGUUUUUUUAAUAAUUCUUUUUGCGGAUUCUUUUGGUUUUUUGGUAUCAGCGAUUUUUCGUUGUUGUGCGUAUUUUUAGCGUGCCUAUAUGUAUGUGUGAGUGAGUGCAAGUGUGUGUAGUUUUGUGCAGUGCAGCAAGCACACAAUUGAAAACGAUUUAACAAGAAAUUGGCAAAAAGCAAAAACAAAACAAAAGAAAAAACGUAACACAAAUUGAAAGCUUCUGCAGCGACAUUUCCGUUACGUAAGCACACAACGAAGACGACAAAGAGAGUGAGAGAGAGAGAGAGAGAGAGAGCGAGAGCGUAGCUAACAAAAAGGAAGCUUUACGAAGGAUUGCAUCCGAAACGGGACAACACACACACACGCACACAAACGCACACCAUCACACUCACACAUGCGCAGUGUGGGCUUUGGUAGUGGUAGCAAAAGAGGGCCCAACAAUAACAAACACAGCAAAGAGCGUGUUAAGAGAGCGUGCGUUAAAAGAGAGAACGAGGGAGAGUUGCAAUUGACAUUUUGGCCAUGGCUUUCUCACGUCACAACAUCGAAAAGCGCCGACUCAUCGAGCUAGUGCGCCUUAAUCCCAUUCUUUGGGACUGUCGACUGCCCCACUACAAACGCUCCGAUAAGAAAAAAGCUCUCAAAUGGAACGAACUCGGUCGCAUGUUCAACGUCAACGGGGAGCGGGUGCAACGCACCUUCACCUCACUUCGCGAGAUCUUUCGCCGCGAACUCAACCACGAGAAGAUGCUGGGCACAUCGCGCUUCAAGUCCAAGUGGGAAUACUACGAUGCCAUGGCAUUCCUCAAGGAGGUCAUCAGGGAGCGCAAAUCUCGUGAGCGCAUCAAGCACAGCUCUGUCGAAGGUUCCUCAGGUAACCACAACAACAACAACAACAGUGGCAACAACAACAAUACAAACAAUAACAACUCGAACAACAGCAACAACAACAAUAGCGUGGGACACGAUGAGUAUCAAUAUUUUGCGCCCAGCGAUCCGAAUAAUCCCAACAAUCAGGCCAAGAAAGCGACGAGUAUUGUGGCCAACAUUCAAGCUGCGCCAAUUCUGCCAAACAUCAGCCAGUUGCCGGUGGCGUUGCAGCAACAGGCGCAGCAUCUGCAGGCGUUGCAACUGCAACCAGAUGUGACGCUGACAUCGUUGAGUGUGUUGCAAAGGACGACGCCACCAACAACAGCAGCAGCAGCAGCAGUAGUUGCCACAACUGUGGCGCCACCAACGACAGCGACGCCAAUGAUAACAGCUGCAGCAACAACGCCGCCUGGCCACGUGCAACUUUGCAGCAGCUCGAGAUCUUGCAGCAGUUCUCCCUCCAUUUAUAUCAAGGACGAGCCCGAAUCGCAGGACGAAUCGGGACGCAAAUCACAGCAAAAGUUGGCAACAAUACGACCACAAACGAAGCAGCAACUCAAAGCGCGUCUGCAGGUGGCAAAAGUCGGUGGCACAACGCCGUUGUAUGCCACACCGCCGCCGCAUUUGAUUAUCAACACCAACAACGAACUGAUCGAUGUGGAUGCUGGCGAUUGCAUCGAUGAUGAGGACGAUGAUCUCGAGUACGAGGAUGAUGAUGAUCUAGAUGAUGAUGAUCGUGCUGCUCCCUGUCCGCCCAUUGUCGAUGUGGACAUGAUGGGUGCCGGGGGUCGCCUCUCGCCUGGCAGCAGCAGCUUCACAGCAGCGGGCGUCAUUGGCACGCCACGACAUCAGCCGAGUCCAAGGGAGAUGCUCUACAUUAAGUUCGGCGACUUUUUGGCCGCACGACUGAAUACUCUGCAUGAGACGGCGGCCAACGAACUGAUGAAUAAGAUUCUGCUGCUGAUAGCUGAGAAGUAAACUAAAGCUGUUGCGUGCUCUUCAAGCAGCGGAAGCCGAGGGAUCUAAUCCACAGGAUGCUUUGCUUAGUGUCACAUGUAUAUAAUAUAUCCGUAUUAUUGCUGGACGGAAAAGAAAAUAAAUUUAUAAUCAAUAUUCUUCAUUCUUACUAAAUUUUAAUUGAGUUCAAAAUGCUUCUAACCGAUUUGUUUAUCAAAUUAGUACUUUUAAUGCAAAGUGGCAAUGCGCCGUAUAUUAAUUCGGGCAAUUGCACCUACGCAGAUAAUGUUCAGCUGAAUUUUGUAUGCGAUGCCAAAUUAACCAAAACAAUGUGGCUUCGUUGGGGUGAUAAUAGAGUCAGCAAAUCGGAGGAAUACGCUGUGUGGGAGAGUUCGAAGGAAAAGGAUGCGGUUGUACUGGUCUCAUUCAAGAAAUCCAAGCUGUUUGACUACAAAACCAUUAAAAUGGACUCACUGCAUUACAAGAUAUUUGGUGUCGAAAAUGGCAAAGAUGUUGAAAUCGAAUUGAAGGAUGGCAACACGAAUUGCUUUGCCUUUGGCGUACGCUAUGUAAGCGAUCUAAGAAACCAUUGUCUGGACCUCGACUACAAUCCAGAUGAUAUUGUUGCCUUUCCCAUAAUCCACUAUUCCAAGCCUAUAUUAAUAUUCUAAAAUCAUGUCUGUAAAUGUGUAUCGUGAUAUGUACGAAUAUAAGUUGGAAAAACGUGACAA